AUGGAUGUCUUAUUCACUUGUGUUGAAACUCCCUUAAUGAGUGUGGCAUGGGCCCUGAAACACCGGAGCUUGCCUUCUCUUUUGAGGGAUCAGGUCUUGGCCCUAGAAAAAGAGUUGCGAUUCCUGAGAACUUUUCUUAUUUGUAUUGGAACAUCGAAGGACAUAAUGGCUGAAUCAAGUUCAAUCAUUGGGAGAUUCGAAGAUGCAUUUGGAAAGGCAAAUGAGGAUCUUAUCUCUGCUUGUCGUACCAUGCAAGAGAAGUUUUCAGGUAAAGAACUUUACCAAGCAGCUUGUGCUAUGCUGGAAAUGGCCAAAAAUUUUCAACCUGAAAUCCGGGAAGCUUACGGCAGCUUGUUGAAGCUGUCCCGGCAACAACACAACAUUCCGCUGGAUCCAAAAUUACUACUGGGGUUGAUUGAUUCUCUCGCAGAGAAUUUAACUGAUCUUGUUGACUCGGAAGAUCUGAUUGCUUCUCUGAAGAAACAAAUACCAGUCCUCAAGGAGAAGCUGAGGUUCCUCAAAAAUUUCCUGGACAUUACUGCCAAGAAAAGCAUUCCAGACCAGAUAAUGCAGUCUUUUUUGUCAUAUGUUCAUUUCUCAGCUUCCACUGCAGCAUCUCUGUCCUAUUGUUGCUGGACUGAUGAAAUGGAUGAAAUCAUAGCAGGCGGAAUGAACAUUAAGCUCUCUGAGCUGGUGUGGAAGAUUAUGCCUGGCACUCUAGAGCUCAUGGAGAUGUAUGUUGGACUUCUGAAAGCUUCAAAGUUGGCUACUUCUGAUGAUGCAAAGACAGAUGAAGUUGCGAGUUUUGCUAAGUUUCUAUUGGAAAACUUUGUCAGUUUCACAGACAAUAAAGCUUCAAUGAUUCAGGAGGAACUAAUAUUCCUGCUGUCUUUUAUGAUUGGUCUCCAAGAGGAGUGCACAGGAGAUUUGGGACAGAUCUCAGCAAAUAUUAAAACCAUUGCAAGGGAGGCAGGAUAUUUGGAGUACAAGCACCUUCUCAAUGAAGGGACAGAGGACCAGAUCAAGGAGAUGAAGCAUGUGGCUGAUAAGUUGCUUGAAAAGAUGAAGCUUGUCAAAGCAGAGAUACUUCUGAUAGAGCUACUACACUCAGAGGACAGUCUGUUUGUCCUCAUGAGAGAUGCAAAUGCAGCAAUCCAUGAGGAGCUGAAAUUCUUCAAGUCUUUUUUGUUGAAUCCAAAGCAAGACGGGGAAUCUUUCCUAAAACAAGCUGAAACGGUUGCCAGUGAGGUUACAUCUCUUAUCCACUCAAUUCAUGGCAAAAAAUUUAACGAAGAAAUGGUUACAAAAAUAAAUCUUGAUCUUUUUUGGUUGCUAGAAAAGAUUAAGCUCUUUAGAUCAGAGAUCCAUUUGAAUGAGCUAAAAAAUAAUGAGGCCAAUUCGUUGUUCCCCAAGAGGGGUGACACUGAAAUUCUUUACAAGGGACUGAGGUCAUUGAGGGCAUUUUUCAUGGAUAUCCCUGACAAUGACGAGAACAGGGAGGAUAGGAAAUUGUAUGUAACAUAUCUAGAAGCUGCAAUUAGUGAAUUACAACCUCUCGAUCUGCCACUUCGUGUCAACAAAAUGACAGAAGACUUGGUAGAUGUAUAUUUGGCGAAAGGCAACGCUGUUGCCAAUGAUUCAGGAUCUCAAAACUGUUCAGUUGGUGAAAGUAUGAUGCAAAAAGGUAUGCAAAUUCAUCCAUUUGCAUCUGAAGUGCUACAGUUAUUUGGGCUUUUCAAGGCUCAUAUGGGACAGAUAUAUCUCCAAGAUGUAAAGUCAUUGCAGUCAAAUCUUCCCAGGACUGAUGAUCUAGGAUUUAUCACUUCUCUCCUGCAAAAUCUGAGAGAGUUGCUGAAUCACGAUGCAAAUCAUGCAGCAUCUUUCGCAAAGCAACAUCUUCAAAUGGUAUGCGUGGAAUUAGAGUUCCUCCAAUCUUUCCUCGUAAAAAGUGUGAAGCAAAAAAAUAACCAUGCAGAAGUUAGAGAUCUUUGGACGUGCAUUACCAAAGUUGCUUAUGAGGCAGAAUGGGUCAUUGACUCAUUUGUCCUUAGAGAUGGCCCUUUUACCUAUCACAUGCUGUGGCUUUCUGCCGUCAUGGAGUACAUUAAGCUUAUCAAAGCAAAGGCCAUUUGUGUUCAGGAAAAGUAUUACAAUGAAGUUCAUGACAUCGCCAAGCCCUCAGAUCGGGCACCCUCAUCGGUUAGUACUCCGGAAUUGGAUGAAGUUGUUGUAGGUUUCAAUAAUGAGGAGAAGGAGAUAAAAGGUGUUCUAACAAGAGGAGAAAUGAAGAUGGAUAUCAUCUCCAUUGUAGGAAUGCCAGGGCUUGGCAAGACAACACUGGCCAAAAAAGUGUACAACUCUCCCUCUGUUGCCUCUCACUUCCAUGUUCGUGCUUGGUGUUGCAUCUCUCAAAAGUAUCAGAGGAGACAGUUAUUACUUGAUAUCUUGGGCCAAAUUAUUGAGAUCACUGACCAGAUCCGCAGACUGGAUGAUGAUGAUAUAGCUACAAAGUUGUACCAAUCUUUGAAAAGGAAAAGAUAUCUCAUUGUGAUGGACGAUCUGUGGGAAAUUGGAGCAUGGAGUGACAUGAGGCAAUCAUUUCCAGAUGAUAAGAAUGGUAGCAGAAUUUUGUUCACAAGUCGACAGCAAGAUUUGGGUUUACAAGCUAAAGAAGAUGGCAAAACUUUCCCUCUUUGUCCACUUUCUAAGGAUGAAAGUUGGCAGUUAUUGCAAAAGAGGGUAUUCUGUGAAGUAGACUGCCCUAACACAUUGCUGGAAGUUGGAGAGAGAAUUGCAGGAAAUUGCAAAGGGAUACCUCUUUCACUUGUUGUGAUAGCUGGUCUCCUUGCAAGAACAGAGAAGACUCCAGAUAGGUGGAAGCAAGUUUUGGAAAAGUUGUGCUCUUAUAUUUUUGCGGAUCCAGAGGGAGGAUGCAUGCAUGCACUAGGAUUGAGUUAUGAGCACUUGCCAGACAAUUUGAAGUCGUGCUUUCUUUAUUUUGGUGCAUUCCCAGAAGACGCAGAAAUUCCAGCCUGGAAAUUGUCAUGCCUAUGGAUUGCAGAAGGGUUUGUACAAAAUACUGACUCUAAGAGCUUGGAGGAUGCUGCAGAGUAUUGCUUGUCAGAAUUAUUAUCUAGGAGCCUAGUCAUUGUGGCAAAAAAAAGGUCCAAUGGCAAAGUGAAAUCAUUUCGAGUUCAUGAUCUGUUACGGGAGCUGUGCUUGAAAAAAGCCAAAGAAGAAAACUUUUUCCAGCUGAUACAUGGGUAUAAACAACUUUUUUCGCCUUCUGGUGAGGCCGAGGGUCUGGAUUAUGAUGCAGAUUCCAAUAACAGCUUUUCAUCAACUCCCCUGGAAUACCAAGACCGACGGCUGUGCAUCUGUUCUAAGCGAAAGCAUUUUAGUCUGCUGAAACCUUGUGGUAGACAGGUUCGUAGUCUAUUGUUUUUUGCCUCUAAUGAGAUAUACCCAAGAACUCCAUAUGAUAUUUCAUUCAUUUGUCAGAAUUUUAAACUUGUUAGAGUGUUAGAUGUGGAAAGCAUCAACAUGGGUGAUUCCUUUCCCAUUGGACUAGAACUACUUGUUCAGUUGAAGUAUUUGGCAGUUAGAGGUGAUGUCAAAUCUGUUCCAUCAUCAAUAUGCAAGCUCUGGAAUUUAGAAACAUUUCUUGUGAAGGCAUUAAGGGGUGAGGUUCUGGUGCCAUCUUCCUUUUUGAAUAUGAAGAGAUUGAGGCGUGUACAUAUAAAUGAUCGUGUUGCUUUCAGCUCGCUAAAUGAUAAAUCUGAUUAUUCUUCGCUAGUAGAGAACAUGGAAACGUUUUCCACUCCAGCUCUUUCAUAUGGAAGUGUUACAGAAAAGAUGUUGAGAAGGUUUCCGAGUCUUCGGAAACUAAGAUGCAUUUUUGUGGAAUCUUCGGAUUACUCCAAGAAGUUCACCAAAUUUCCUGUGUUGGAUUUUCUAACUCACCUUGAGUCUCUGAAGAUACUUUAUCAUGGCAUGGUUAGUCAGCCUUGCGAGUUCAACUUGCCCUUGAAUCUCAAAAAAUUAACUCUGUCAAAAUUUCGCUUACCAUGGAGUCAAAUAUCGACAAUUGGGAAGCUACCCCACCUUGAAGUUCUGAAGUUACUGUCAAGAGCUUUUGAUGGACAAAUUUGGGAAAUGACGGAGGGAGAAUUCCAGAGUCUCAAAUACCUGAAACUUGACAACCUAUGGAUUGCUCAAUGGAAAGCUUCCAACGAUCACUUGCCUUGCCUGAGGCAUCUUGUAUUGCAAAGGUGUAAAAAACUGGAGGAAGUUCCGUCCAGUCUUGGGGAUAUCCCUACAUUGGAGAGAAUUGAAGUACACUGGUGUAGCCAAUCUGCUGCAGUUUCGGUCAAGGAAAUUGAAGAUGAGCAGCGAGACAUGGGAAAUGAGGAGCUUAAGGUCCUAAUAUCUGGAAUGGAACAAUAG